AGGUUUUGAUCGCCCGUAAUUGGCAAAAUGUCCGUCAUUUAUCAGGACAAAGAGGCAGAUGAGAAUUAACAUCCGGUUAGGUAGUAAAUAGCAGGCGAGGACGGAAUCAGGCUGUCAGUCGCUCAUUUGACGCUCUCUCUUGUUGACGCGGGGAGGGAGAGAGACCGCUGGGUUAUAAAUUUCACUUAGUUUUUAUUUGUGGGUUGAAGUAUACUUUUGACUUGCUGAUUUUCUCAUUUUAUUUCUGUACUGUUGUGUGAUUUGUUUAAAUCUGACUAUCUAGGAGGAAAAUAUUUGUUAUUGUAAGGAAUAAGUUAAUAAAACAAGAGAGAAUGAAAUCAUGAUAUUUUAUCAAAAUACGAUAACCCAGCGAUAGUUUUCUGAAACGGAUCAAAGGAUAGGAAAAACGAAAAAAAAACCGGUGAGAGAGGGAUAGAAAAGAAAACAAAAUAACCACGCGAUUCACGUCGUACGAAUAUGUGUGACAUAAACACCAAAUUCAAAAGGAAAAUUAUGUUUUUCGUUCUCGUCGCCUUUGCGUUCGGAGCGACGCCAGUCUACACACAGGCUGACUGCAGCUUCAACGCCACGGGGUCUUUGGCGUCGGAAUGCAGUCUGCUGGAGGAUUCCGACGCCUUCGCCGUGGCCUCGUGGAAAGUAGGAACCGGCACGGAGUCCUACUGGGUCGGGGGGCCUCCCGUCGAUAACGGGAAUGACCCGGCAGGCGGCUAUGGCUUCACGACCGCCCACGCCAUGCUCAACACCGCCCAGCCGCACAAGAAGGCGUGGCUGGUGACGCAGCCGAGCACCCAGACGGGGCCGCAGGGGAAGUGCCUCGAGUUCGCCUACGCCACCUACGGCUUAGGCAUCGAGGAAUUACAAGUCAUCCUGCUCACUUAUCUGACGGAGGAUGUGAACGACGCCCUGCAGAACGCUUCAAUCCCGGUCACCUUCAGGAGAACGAACCUCAUGAAGCACAAGGGUUCGACUCAAGGCCAGUGGGAGCAAGCGAGGGUCACGUUCUCGGCCAAAGGAGACUUCAGUGUGGCGUUCGAAGCCGUACCGAACCCGCGGUAUGCGAGGUACACAGGCUACGUCGCUGUGGAUGAUAUUACCUUUAAGGACGGACCUUGCCAGAACGAAUGCAUUUUUGAUCUCAACUUCUGUGAGCUGACCAAUGAACCGAAUAAUGACGACUUCGACUGGUCUUUGGGUCGUGGGUCAGGGAAGACCAACACGGGACCGACAAGAGACCAGUCGUUCUAUAUCACCAACUCCGUUACUAGUGGUGGUUACGCCUUCAUAGACAGUAGGUACCCGAGGACAGGUGGUGAAAUAGCACAGCUGGUUUCGCCCGCCCUCGAUGCUACAGACUCUCCAAUGUGUCUGAAAUUCGGUCUUGCACGUCCCAACGGCGAGCGCAGACAACAUCCGGGAACUUUGGAGACAAGAAGGUUCAUCAUUAGGUCCUGAUUAUUGGUACCCCUGCCAGGUGACGGUGUCCUCGGCGGAAAGUUUCAACCUGAUUUUCGAAGCUUCAGUCGGAUCCCAGGGCGCCGGGGACAUAGCGCUCGACACCAUCACGUACUCGCCGGGCGCUUGUCCUCGACAGCCCUCGUUGUCCUCACGCUCCUGGGGAGAUUGCAACUUCAUGGAAAAUACGUGUGGCUGGCAAAUUCCUUAUUUCCCGGAUGAAGUUUGCUCGAUGCUGGCCCGUGUUUCCGAGAGCGUUGAGAAUCCUCCUGGCCACACCGAGAGCGACUUUGACAGCAGAGACUCAUACAUCCAGUUCGACUUGAAUUGUUACCAACAACAACCACGCCAUUCUGUGUCCCUGACGUUCGAAAACGCCAAUAUUGCGAGCGAAAUGUGUUUGUCAUUUUGGGUUUUCAUGUAUGCGAGAGUUCAGUCAGUGAGCAAGAUCGGCGCCCUUAGUGUGGUGUUGAUUACCGCCAGUGGCAAUGAGACACUGUGGAGGCUGGAAAACGAACAGCAUGCUAACUGGAUGUAUGCACAGGUGACCAUUCCUGCAGUGGGCAUAGGUACUGUGGCAUUCCAGGGCACCAAGGCAUCGUCCCUGAUUGGCAUGAUUGGCAUAGAUGACAUAACCGUCUUUAACUCUGCUUGUGCAGUGUUGCCAGAACAGGCGCGCGUGGAGGCUGCCGACUGCUCCUUCGACCAGGACCUCUGCGGAUGGACUGCACAGAACGAGAACCCGGCGUCAAGGCCCUCUGAGAUAUGGCGUUUGGCUACGAGGGACGCGGGAUCCGUCGGUAGCCUCAUUGACCAUACAUUUGGUGCCGACGGAGGCGGCUACGUGUACCUUGACGUCUUCAACACUGACGUCGUGAGCUGGCUAAGGAGUCCCAAUAACCUUGAGAGAAACGCGACGUAUUGUCUCUCCUUCUACUUCGCUGCUCUGUUCCCCGACGCCAGGGAUGAGCUCACCGUUGUUAAAGACCUGGUGGGCACGCAGGAGCGGGUGUGGCAGGUGAGAGGCGAUUCCGUGAUGUUUGAGGACAACGAGUGGUACAAGGGCCAGGUCGAACUCGAGGCGGUCGAGGACGGGUUCACGUUGUACUUCGAGGGCAGAGUGAGUCGAGGGGGGUGGGCGCUCGACGAUGUAAAGCUGAGCAAGACGAGGACUUCCUGCAAAAUGGCACCGGAUUUCGCAGAUCAGACGCCAUGAAUUGGGAAUCAUUGACCGUAAUGUGACCUUUCUGUUGACCUUUCUGUUGACCUUUCUGGGACCAGUUGUUCCUGAUGAGGGUGACCCUUGAUCCCUUGUGGGUAUUGAUGUUAUA